CCCGCUAUUUUUGUCUCUCGACUCACUCACCCAUUUCGUGUUCUUCAUCUUCUCUCUUUCUCUCUCCACCAUCCUCCCUUCCUUCAUUUCAUGGAUUCUCCCUCUCGAUCCUCCGUCAUCGUCGUCGGAGCUGGUAUCUCCGGUAUAUCUGCGGCGAAGGUUCUGGCUGAAAACGGCAUAAAGGACCUCGUCAUCCUCGAGGCUUCGGACCGCAUAGGCGGCAGGAUCCGGAAAGAAAAAUUCGGCGGCGAAUCAGUGGAACUUGGAGCCGGUUGGAUUGUCGGAGUCGGAGGCAAAGAGUCCAAUCCUGUUUGGGAACUCGCAAACGACUUUGGCCUCCGAACCUACUUCGCCGACUACUCUAAUGUGCGAUACAACAUCUACGAUCGCAGUGGGAAGAUAUUCCCUAGAGGAAUCGCUGCGGACUCGUACAAAAAGGCCGUGGAAUCAGCAAUUCGGAAAUUCAUGAACGAAGAAGAUGUGGGAGGAGGCGAUAAUGGCUCCAACUCCAAAACCGAUCCACCUUCGACGCCGUUAGAGCUGGCAAUUGAUUUCAUCCUCCAUGAUUUUGAAAUGGCAGAGGCGGUACCGGUAUGUACCUUCAGAGACUUAGGAGAAAGUGAAUUUUCGGUUGCGGAUGAAAGAGGUUUUGAUUAUUUGCUGUACAAAAUGGCUGAAAAUUUUCUGUUCACAUCCGAGGGUAAAAUAUUGGACAGUCGUCUCAAACUUAACCAGGUGGUUCGUGAAAUACUUCAUUGGGGAAGUGGCGUUAGGGUGAUAACAGAGGAUGGUUGCGUUUACGAAGCUAACUACGUAAUUGUGUCUGUCAGCAUUGGUGUUCUCCAAAGCGACCUCGUUGCCUUUAAGCCACUCUUGCCCGGAUGGAAAUUGGAAGCCAUACAGAAAUGUGAGAUAAUGGUGUACACGAAAAUUUUCUUGAAGUUUCCAUAUCAGUUCUGGCCAACUGGACCCGGAAAGGAAUUCUUCAUCUAUGCUCACGAUCGGAGAGGCUACUACACAUUUUGGCAGCAAAUGGAGAACACAUACCCUGGAUCUAAUAUCUUGUCCGUCACAUUGACAAAUGGGGAAUCUAAUCGUGUGGAAGCUCAAGCCGAUGAAGACACCUUGAGAGAAGCUAUGGAGGUGCUCAGGGAAAUGUUUGGACCCAAUAUUCCUGAUGCCAUUGAUAUACUGGUUCCUCGAUGGUGGAAUAACAGGUUCCAACGUGGCAGCUACAGCAACCAUCCCAUCAUCUCUAAUACCCAACUAGUUCAUGAUAUUAAGGCUCCAGUAGGUCGCAUUUUCUUUACUGGAGAACACACGAGUGACAGAUUUAGUGGCUACGUGCAUGGUGCAUACCUCGCAGGUAUUGAUUCUAGCAAAGAGCUACUAGAAGAAAUGAGAAAGAGACAAACUCCGUUAUUUUAAGCCCCUGCUAGUAUUGACCGAAUGCAAUAUUCCCAGACAAUUAUAUCCCAG